CGCUCUGUACCGGGAGUUAGAAUUCAGAUGACUUUGUUGCGGGACGCAAUAGGUAGCUGUAGUUAGAACUAGUCUUGGUGGUAGCUGGGACCCACGCGCGCACGGGUAAACGAGCAGGCAGAAGGGCUGCCAAGUGUAAGUGACCCCGAGUCCAGGGCACAGCAGUCUUAAGAAGCCUUCGUACUAUGGCUACUUCUAUACUUGGGGAAGAGCCCAGAUUUGGAACGACACCUUUGGCAAUGCUUGCUGCCACCUGCAAUAAGAUAGGCAACACGAGCCCACUGAGCACUUUGCCGGACUCCAGUGCUUUCGCCAAAGCUGGUUUUCAUCCAUGGAAGCGCUCAUCUACUUCUUCUUCUGCCGCUGUCUCCAGCUGUAACCUGGCAUCCAGCCUCUCUGGCUUCACAGUGACCGGUGCCCGUAGCUCUACAGCCCUGGCCAGCAGCCCCAGCGCAGCAGCUGCCAACAGUGCAUUUUGUCUAGCUGCCUCUAGCUCGCCCACUUCCUCGGCCUUCAGUAGUGAUUAUGGUAGCCUUUUCAACUCGGCAGCAGGUGUCUCAGCUCAGGACCCGGCCCAGUCAGCCUUCAUUUCUAAAGUGCACAGCUCUGCAGAAAGUCUUUACCCACGAGUCGGCAUGGCCCAUCCAUACGAGUCUUGGUACAAAUCUGGGUUCCAUUCCACUAUCUCAAGCGAAGUUGCCAAUGGAGCCUCCACCUGGUGGGACGUGCACACUAACCCAAGCUCUUGGUUAGAGGUGCAGAAUCCUGCUGGAGGACUACAGACUUCUCUUCAUUCAGGAACACCACAGGCAUCUCUUCACUCACAGCUAAGCACCUACAGCCCCGAUUUCUCAUCUUUGACUCACUCUGCCUUUAGUUCAACUGGAAUCACAUCUACGGCUUCACAUCUGUUAUCCACCAGUCAGCAUCUGUUGACUCAAGAAGGCUUCAAGCCAGUUCUCCCUUCCUAUUCAGACUCAACUACAGCAAAUGCCAUGAUAUCGGGGGCUGCCACAGGUAUUAGCAGCUCGGCCAGAUCAGCCAGACGAUAUUCUGGUCGGGCUACCUGCGACUGUCCAAACUGUCAAGAGGCUGAACGAUUGGGCCCUGCAGGAGCCAGCCUUAGGAGGAAGGGGCUGCACAGUUGCCACAUCCCAGGAUGUGGCAAGGUCUAUGGCAAAACCUCCCAUCUCAAGGCGCACCUUCGGUGGCACACAGGAGAAAGACCUUUCGUCUGUAACUGGCUUUUCUGUGGCAAACGCUUCACUAGGUCGGAUGAGCUCCAAAGGCAUCUCCGGACGCAUACAGGGGAAAAGAGAUUUGCCUGUCCCGUCUGCAAUAAACGGUUCAUGCGAAGCGACCACCUAAGUAAACACAUUAAAACUCACAACGGAGGAGGUGGAGGCAAAAAAGGCAGCGACAGUGAUACCGAUGCCAGCAACCUGGAAACUCCACGAUCUGAGUCUCCAGACCUCAUCCUAGAAGGUGUAAAUUCUGGCAGAAUAGGCAAAGAAACCACCUCGGUGUCCAACGAAUCCUAGAUAAAAUACUUUAUAAAUUCAGAUACUUUUUAGACAUUCCAAAGUGGCAUUCAUACGCGGAAAUGCGGUCCUCAUCACAUGAACACCUGGGUAAGAUGUGCGUCCCUUUUCCAUAAGCAGCAUGCACAGUUAAAGCCCCGACUGACAGAAUAGUGCUUUGAUAUGGAAAACUGUUCCUAGUCUAAAUGCAAACUCACUAAACAUUUAUUUAUAAAUAUUCAACAGUUACACUGUUGUGGAUUUGCUUCUUUUAAACUAAUGCAAACGUGUAUGUGGGCACCAAGCAGCUGUGAAACACAAAAUUCAAAAGGUGAGCAAUUGAGCUGCAAGUCUUGGGACUGACUGUUAUGUAUUCGAUCAACUGUAAAAAAAAUGAGGCUGGAAAAGGCUCUGUGUUAUUUUUUAUUUUCAUGUAAAUGUUGAAUCAAUUAUUUUUGUUGUGGUUAGAUUCCUGAAAUUCAGGGAGUUUUAUUUCCGAUGCACUUUGUGAAAGUCCCUAUAUGUAAAAUAUUUAAAUUUUGUUGAGUUAAUGUUUCUGCUCUAAAAAUAAAUUAAGACUGCAUCUUAAGAGUAUAAUGCAUUUAUGUGUAUGGACAAAGUCUGCCACCUUAGUCUUUUCGUUUUGUUGUAAUUAAAGGACUUGACCAACA